CGACAACAAGGUCGGCCAUCUUUGACGUUCGUGUGUAGUGUGAGGAUUUAAUUUAUAUGGUCUCUGCUUGUUGAGUUGAAGGUUUUUUGUACACAUAUUUAGCUAGAAAUGGAGAUUGUGUAUGUAUACACAAAGAAGAGAAGUGAAUUUGGCCGUCAGUGCAACUUCUCAGAUCGUCAAGCAGAGCUUCAUGUAGACAUAGCCCCAGAUGACAAGCUUCUGCAAGAUUAUAUUGAGAAAAAUCCUUGUGACACUGGAAUUCAAUGUGUACAAGAAAUGUCUGAACAUGAGGUCAAUACAGAGAGGUUUGAAACAGAGAGUCGUGGUAUUAACCAUGUUGAGGGAGGAUGGCCAAAAGAUGUGAAUCCUGCUGAAGUGGAACAAACUAUCAGAUAUCGUAAAAAGGUGGAAAAGGAUGAGAUCUACAUGAAUACAAUUCAGCAACUUGGAAAUGUCAUGGAGCAUUGUAUCAAGCAAAACAAUGCAAUUGACAUCUAUGAAGAGUACUUUUCAGAGAUUGAUGUUGACACAUCUGGAGAUCCACCUUCUGCUAAAACCAUCAAUGUGUUCAGAGAUCCCCAUGACAUGAAGCGUACAGCCACCAGCCUGUCCUGGUACCCAGACAGCACCAGAAAGCUGGCUGUAGCUUAUUCCAUUUUAGAGUUUCAACAGUUUGCAGGAGAAACAUCUAUGGAUUCGUACAUUUGGGACAUAGAGAAUCCCAAUAAACCAGAACUGGCUCUGAAACCUGUUUCACCAUUGGUUUGCCUGGAAUACAAUCCAAAAGAUCCUCAUAUCCUUGUAGGGGGAUGUUACAAUGGACAGUUAGGAUUUUGGGAUACACGGAAGGGAUCCCACCCUGUAGAAAUGACAGCCAUUGAGUACAGCCACAGGGAUCCCAUCUACAAGACAAUAUUCCUCCAGUCCAAAACAGGUACAGAAUGUUUCUCCUGUAGUACUGAUGGACAAGUUCUGUGGUGGGACAUUCGUAAGAUGGGUGAGCCCACAGAGUCCCUCCUGCUGUGUCCAAAUGUUAAGAAAGAUCCUCGUCCACAGGGAGGAGUGUCCCUGGAGUAUGAACCUACCAUGCCUACCAAGUUCAUGGUUGGAACAGAACAAGGCUCUGUGUUGUCUUGUAAUAGAAAAGCUAAAUCUCCUUCAGAGAAGAUUGUGUGUUCAUUUUCUCAGCAUUAUGGGCCUGUAUAUGCUGUGCAGCGCAAUCCAUUCUUUCCCAAGAACUUCUUGACCAUUGGAGAUUGGACAGCCAGGAUUUGGUCAGAGGAUCUCAGGGAGUCAUCCAUCAUGUGGACCAAGCAACACAUGUCCUACAUGACAGAUGGCUGUUGGAGUCCUGUGCGUCCUGCCGUGUUCUUCACUACUAAAAUGGAUGGCACUUUGGAUGUGUGGGACUACCUCUUUAAACAGAAUGACCCUACACUCAGUAUCCAGGUUUGUGAUGAAUCUUUGAAUGCGCUCCGUGUUCAGGAGCAUGGUAGGUUGGUAGCCUGUGGUUCACACUCUGGUACUGUUACUCUACUGGAGCUGUCUGACGGACUGUGCAACAUUCAGAGAAAUGAAAAGGCUUCAGUUACUGCGAUGUUUGAAAGGGAGACAAAAAGAGAAAAGAUUUUGGAGACAAGACAUCGUGAGAUGCGGCUGAAAGAAAGAUCAAAGAGUUCACAAGACAGAGAGGAAACACAUGAACAAGCCGAGGAAGAAGAGGGAGAAGAUCUGGUCAGCAAAGCAGAAGCAGAGUUCUUCAAGAUUGUCGAGGCCGAGAAGAAAGCCCUGCAGGAAGCUGAAAGCAAGAGGUUUGCGGCCUUUGCUGAGGUCAAGCAGGCCAUUGCUCAGGAGGGUGUCACUCACGAGGAAUACCAGGAAGGGGAGAGUGAAUCGGCCAAACAAUCUGAAGAGACCCCAGCAGAAGAAGAAUCAGAGAAAACAGCAGAAGGAUCUGAAGAGCAAACCAAGGAAAGCUGAAGCUGAAAUUUCAAUCCCCAGCUCUGUAAAUUAUUAAGUCCAUGGACACUGUAAAUAGCGUCUCUUAGAUUUGUUAGACUUUUAUAAAACUACUAAUAUCAACUCGGGACGGUUAUAUACGAGUGCGUAAGCUAUACACUGAGUUUGUUUACACUGUGGUCAAUUCUGUUGUGUUGCCAAAAGAUAGGGUGGUUUGUGCACAAGACGGGGCUUUGCGAAAAAGUGUCUGGUCACUUUUUUGAGUUUUUGAGCCCUAUUUGUAAAUAUGGUUGGUUCAAUCAUUUUAUUUUUGAAAUAAAGUAUUUAAACAAAGUUACAAGACAAGUCUAGAAAUACACGUAAACUACGCACUUUUUGGCGUAAUUUACGGUACUCUUUCAUGGGCAUAACAUCUAAGGAACAAGGCGCUUCUCUGCAAAAGCUAGUGCUCACUUAAUGUUUUUGACCAGGCGUUAAUAUUCUUACAUCGAUGACUAAGUAGCUAAUUCAAUUAGAAUCGGCCAUGCACUUCCUACUUUUCAGGAACAGGCAAACAGAAUAUGUAGAUUGCCUGGGUGGGGUAGGGGAAAGCAGAAAAAUUAACACGGAACAAAAAAAACAAGUUUUACUCGGCGGCCUUUUAGUGUUUUUCAUUGUACUAAACUUUCAUAUAAUGAUAUAAAUGAAUUCUUCCAGUUAACUAAAUUAAAAUCAUUAAAAAGAAAAUGUGGGCACUCGAAACAAUAUACAAGGUUCACUAGAGAUACAAAAUUUUUACAAACUGAGCGCAAUGGAUGGACUCUUUACAAAUGGCGUAAACUGCUACUCAAUUUGUACAGAAUUUAACGAGAACGGGCAACGGUUUUCUGUAACACGGAGGCAAGUUCCAGUCUCUCAGAAUGCGAGAAACAGAAAAGCAUAAAAACGGCAAAUAAGUACAAUAACAAAAUAGAAAAGGCUCAAACAGCUUCAUAUAGCGGAUUGCGUUUUCUGCGCCCUGUUGCGUUUAAAAUGAGUGUACUCAAUUAAAAUUCUCAGAUCUAGUUUUCAUGUAUUUUAUUAUAGAAAUGCAGAAUUUGAAGUAAAUCCGUCACAAAAGCGCAAGUAAACGGCAAUUUACGGCAAAUUCUCUUC